UACCAGACGACGCCGCAAUGGAAAAAGCAUUUCUCGGAAAUUCUAGAAAAAUUUACGUGUUGUUCAGUUCAGUCGUUUGUUUGCCGAGUCUUUCGACGGGUCUCUUUGAGUGAGGCAAAAAUGUCUUGCGAUACUCCAUCAGAGUUGGUUAGUAAGGCUAAUGCAGCUUUUGUCAAUGAAAAUUAUGAGGAAGCAGUAGAGUUGUACAAUGAAGCUAUUAAAAUUGUAGAUGAUUUACCUGAAUAUUACACAAAUCGGGCUCAUGCUCUGCUGAAAUUGGAUCGUUUUGCUGAAUCCAAAAGUGAUGCUCAAAAAGCCACAGAACUGGAUCCUAGCGACUCUAAAGCUCACUUGAGGAAAGGAAUAGCUUGCUUCCAUCUGCAACAGUUUGAAGAGGCACUUGAAGCCUUCCAAGAAAGCUACAAACAUGGGGGAAAACAUCCAUCAGAUGGUGUCAGACAAUGGAUUACUUGGACAGAAGAAAAACUGGCCAAAUGUAGAAAGAUUCCUUUGGUCAUCAAGCACGAUUGGUACCAAACAGAAAGUCAUGUUUGUGUUACUGUUCUCGCCAAGAAUCUCAACCCUGAUGCUGUCAAAGUAGAUUUUGCUGCAUCAACAAUGGCGAUGAAAGCAAAACUACCGGAUGAAACGGAUUACGAGCUCAAUUUGAAUUUGUCUUACCCAAUCGUGCCUGACCAAAGCUCCUUCUCAGUCAUGAAAACCAAAGUCGAGAUCAAAAUGAAGAAAUGCGAUGGUAUUCGAUGGGGUUCACUCGAGGGCCAAUUGCAAGACAACGUCAAGCAGAUUCCUGUAGCCGCAGCAUCACCUUCUGAACAGCCGCCAGUCUACCCAUCAUCAUCUGCCAAAAAGAUUAAUUGGGACAAGAUUGAGUCGGAUAUCAAGAAGGAAGAAGAAGAAGAGACACCUGAAGGGGAAGCUGCUCUCAAUCAUCUGUUUCAAAAGAUUUAUGGCGAAGGAUCGGAUGAAAUCCGCCGAGCCAUGAACAAGUCAUUUCAAGAAUCCGGUGGAACUGUACUCAGCACAAACUGGGACGAAGUAGCCAAAGAGAAAGUUACAGUCAAACCGCCUGAUGGAGUCGAGUUCAAAAAGUGGGACGAGAAAUGAACUACCUGCCAUUGAAAAAUAAUUUUACCGUCCUAUACAUUUAAAUGGGCCGUUUUUGUUUUUGAAAUAACUUGCUUCUAAUUUGCCUCCUGGAUUGUGUCUUCAUCUCGGGUUCUUUUUUGAAAAUAAAUCGUUCUUUUUGCGCCACAA